AGGAUUUGAUAACUGUUCUCUAUAUCCCCUGUUGUUGCCAGUCGUGUCUUCUCACGUCGCCUGUGACUAAUUUUUAUUUUUGCUUGUUAUUGUUCUAUCGAAUUUGAAAGUCGUGAAAUUGAUUCAUCACUUGCUUAUACUUUAAUAAAUAUCUUCAAUCAUUGUGGUGGUGGUCGACGCUUGGAAAAUUAUAGAUAGUGAUAGACCAUAUAUAUUGAAGGUAUUUUCAACAGAGUUUCUUUUUUUAAAAAAGUAAUUAAAAGACAGAUUAAACAAAAUGACGACUCCAACUCUAACAACUCCUACAACCGAUGAAGUUUCGUCCAAGCAUGCCACUGCGACCUCUCCGACGACUGGCCCCACUCCAACUGCUCCGAAGGCCGCUGCCUCCACGUUCUUCACAUGUGUGUGUGCGAAGCCAGGAUCAGAGGGCGGCAGCUUAGGCCUGAUUUAUUGUGACGAUGAGAUCGUUGCCGUGGUGCCGAAAAGUUGGGCCAUGGUCCAGGACAUUGAUCAAGGAGACAUGAUUGUGGCAGUCAAUGACAAAAAAUUCAAGACCAUGUCGCCGAAUGACCGCAAGACAGAGCUCGAGAAGCCUGGUGUACGAAUCGAAUUCGAGAGACCUGCAACUAGGGUGCAGCGAUAUUAUAAUUUAUUCAGAGACUCAUUCACAUUGACUUCGUCAACGUAAUUCUGAUUCAUUGUUUCGAUACGCAUGCCAUAAUUUUCUCAUCUUUAUUGCCACAAGAACAACAAAUAUUAACCAAAACGUGCUGGCUCGUCGUGAAAAAGUGGCUCGUCGAGAAAAUCAAACAAGUUAAUCAGUUGCACCACUAUAAUAGUACUCAAGCCGUCAUUGACAACAUACUGAUACUGUAUACUCAAAAACGCUUACUAGGCUAUCUGCGUCUCCGGAAUCUUAGUGGACAAGAACCCUGGUUGCAGGUUUAAAGGACGUAAAGUUGUAUCGGUAAGUGAGAAGGGGUUUGCCUCCACCCUCGAGAUAGCAGUGGAUGACGAAUUAGUUGCCGUCAACGGCACAGGGUACUUAUUUCAUCUUGGCUACAUCUAGUACUUCUGCUAGUAUUAGAACAGGUUACUGAGUCUGAGUACGGCGAGUAUGUUGUACUCGUACAACUUCUAUGUAGAGGCCACUAGAAGGUUAAUGAUCGUGACGAAGAUGACGCUGUUGUAGAAGGCCGCGUGGUCCGUUGUUGCUUAUGCUUUGAUUGUCCGAUAAUAAUUGACGUAAGUUCAUGAGAUCAGUAAGAAGUCAAAAAUUUGAUUUUCAAUUCUAGUCGUGAUCAGGUCACGACCUCCAAAAAGAAAAAAACUUUCUUCACUGUUUGCUACAAACAGGUACACUGAGCUUGCGUUUGACGAAAAGUUGCAGCUACUAACGAAGACAAGACCCGUAGAGAUGAUAUUCCGACGAGCUGUAGGAAGUGAGAAGACACAAGUGCGAGUGUCACCUAAACCCGUAGUGCAACCCUCAGGAGGGUUUUUUGCUUUUUGCACAGUGUGCGCAGAAGCGAAGCGUGGAGACACGGAACAAAUCGUCGUUUGACGAGUAGGCCUAAUCUUCUAGGUGUUUCUUGAGUUACUCAGUUGUAGAUCUACUAAUUACUAAGUGUUAGUGUUUCCUCUAGAUCUAGAAAAACCCAAAACAAAAUGAAAUUUUCUUUUUUGACCGUGCAAUUGCAAGUAAGGAGCAUAGUUGGUCAGAAAAACAGUAGGUCACGGUCACCAUGUGCAUGUCAUGAUUCCUUAUUUACAACUUUGGUACGCGUUGUACUAGAGUGUAGACCAAGUCCUAGGAUGUUGCUUUAUGUACAGAUAGGAUGGCGCUGAAGGAAGCCACCCAUUUAUGAAGAAUGUACUCGUGGUCGUGUCUGAAGAUGCACGUCGGUGGAGGACGCAUUUUCGUAGAAAAUAAGUAAACCAUUCAUCUUGCGUGUGUGCAUCAAGAUACUGAAUAUUCAUCGCGGCGUGUGUGCACAAGGAAAUUUAAGAUGGAUAUAGCUGCAUCAAUCAACUGUAGUACACAAAAAUUCAUGAUAAGCAUCAUCAGUGUCGCAACAUCUAUAUCAAUGAACAUUUUUAAGGAACUACAACAAGUACAACAGGGAACAACUCAAGCUCUGCACGAUCAAUACUCAUCGAU